UUUUUCUCUAAGCAGAGAAGACAGUGAUUCAGUCUGGCUGGAUGCUGCUACUACAACUUGGCUAUAUAUGAAGUUGUAACUGCAGGAAGUCCUCCAAAUCACGAAAGCUUAGCUAAAUCAUUAGUCUCUGUCUUGUGGACGAUCGAGAUAGAGAGAAAUCAGCAAUGGCGCUUGCAAGAGGAACCAUGCUGGCGGUCUUCGCCAUGGCCGUUUUGUGGGUUAGUGGCGUGCAGAGAGCAGACGCCCAGCUCAGGGUCGGGUACUACUCCGACAGUUGCCCUCGAGCUGAGGCCAUCGUCAAGGAGGAGGUCGAGAAAGCCCUCAAGGAUGACGAAGGAGUCGGCGCUGACCUUCUCAGAAUGCAUUUCCAUGAUUGCUUCGUCAGAGGCUGCGAUGGUUCAAUUUUCUUGGAUUCCACCAACACGAGCAAAGCCGAAAAGGACGCCCCGAUCAACCUCACGCUCGAGGGAUUCGAAAUUAUAGACGAUAUUAAGGAGAAACUGGAAGCCGCCUGCAAAGGAGUCGUCUCCUGUGCCGACCUCCUCGCAUUUGCCGCCAGAGACGCCGUUGUUCAUUAUGGAGGAAUCCACUACAAGGUGCCUUCAGGGAGGAGAGAUAGCCGGAUCUCCAUUGAGUCGGACGCCAAAGUCCUCCCUUCGCCGGACUUCAAGCUCGCCAGGCUCACCGACUUGUUCAUCUCCAAAGGCUUGAGCCAGACCGACAUGGUCAUCCUCUCCGGAGCCCACACGGUGGGCAUUGCGCACUGCGACGCCUUCUCCGAUCGGUUGGAUUCCCACGACCCGACGCUAGACGCCAAGUACGCGAGGGCGUUGCGGAAUCAGUGCCCGCCGCUGAGCAACAACACGGUGCCGAUGGACCCGAAGACGCCGCAUAAAUUCGACAACCGCUACUACCGCCUCGUGCUCGAAAACCGCGGCCUCUUCACCUCCGACCACACGCUGAUCUCCACGCAGGGCACCACCACCCUGGUCAAGCGCCUCGGGGGAAACUAUAAGCGUUUCCAGCGCAAGUUCGCCCAGUCCAUCGUCAAGAUGGGCGCCAUCGGCGUCCUCACCGGCUACGACGGCGAGGUUCGUAGCAACUGCAGAGUCGUCAACUGAACGACGAACACAACAAUUGCGGAGCCGGCCACUCGUCUGUGAUUGAUUCUACGUGUGCACCUAUUUGUUCUCUUCGUGCUGCGUGAAUUACGAUUCGUGCAUUGUUUCAUCUCUCUCUCUCUCUCUCGAAUUCUGGUUUUGGUCUUGAUAGAAGCCACUAAAUCUGUAUCCUUCGCUGCUUAAUAAGAACCACGAACACGUAUUUUUUCUUUU